AGACGUAUGCUGAAAAAAUGAGCACUGACAUUCUGAUAAGCAAGCAGCCUUCGAUAGCUCAUACUAGUGAUAUGCUGUACAUCGCCAGCAAAGCGCGGGAAAAGUUUAGCACUUCUGUCAGCUCUAGGGACCUGGCAACUGCUUUACUAGUGGGCAAUGCUUCUACACGUCACUCGUACAUUAACAGAUGAUUCGUCCGAAGAUCUGGGCUGCAAGUGGCGGUGAGUGACCGGCUAAACCCCGCCGCUAAUGACGUUCUUAUGUACCAUUGGUGCCAUGAAAAUACUGCUUGUUAUGACAAGUGAAGGGGCGAAAUCUAAAUUGCAUGUACUCAAUAAAUGGGAACGCGAUCCGAGAGCAGCGCUGUGGGAAAAAUAAAGAGAUUAGGCAAUUGAGCGAGAAAGGAUAUCAGUGGAUAACUGGCAUGAAAAAAGGAAAAAGUGACAACUUUCCAGGGGACACAAACAUCUGAAGAGUUGGUGGAGAAAACGAGUAGAAGAAAAAUUAAGAAGGGUGCAAAAAUAGCAGCAGCAUUUUGUUGACAUGUUUUAUUAUCCAAACGUGUUGCAGCGCCACACAGGAUGCUUUGCCACUAUAUGGUUGGCUGCUACCAAAGGCACUAAAAUUUUGAAACGAGAAUACUUAAAAGUGAAUGUCAUCAACACGUGUCAACAGAUUAUGGAAUACCUUCUCCUUCAAGUUCCACCUCCACAGGUUGGCUUACCUGUACCUCGGUUUUCUCUGUACCUGUCAGCACAACUCAGUUAUGGAGUGGUGCGCGUUUAUCACCGCCAGUGUGAUCUACUUAUAGAGGAAAUGAAAAAUACUCUGGAUCGCAUUUACAAAGCUGAGAAACAGAUGAGGAUAGACAUACUCCAGCCUGAACAACAUGCCCUUCUCCCUGAUGCUCUGUCCCUUAUGGAAAUGCUGGAGGAUGCGCCAGAUCCUUUCUUUGGGAUGAUGGGAGUUCCUCCUCAGCUACCUGACCCAUUGUUUAUCCCACAGAUUCGCCAGAUUCUGGAGGCCCCAAGCCCACUGAGACGAGAGCCAAAGGCAACACCAACAAAGCCUAAGAAAGCAAAGAAUGGAGAUGGUAAAGGGGGAGAGCAUUUGACAUCUCCAGAAAGAAUAACUCUGCGAGAGGUGGAACCUAUAACCUUUCCAUCAAUUGAGCUAAUCAGAGACCUCCCAGAAGUCAGUGCUCAUGAUUUAGAGUUCCUUAUGUCUGAUCUACCUUUGCUUGAAGAGGAACCCAGAAAGAAAAAGCCAAAAGAGGACAUAAGUAAAUUAGAGACAUGGGAAGUUUUUCAGGUGCCCACCAACUCCCUUUCAGAGUCACUGGAGGAGGCACGUAGGCGAGAAGGAGAGAUACCAACAGCUGAGCUGUCUCCUACUUUUGGUCUCCCUUUAGAACCUGCCCCAGAAGCUGAUGCUGCCACUAUUCUGGAUGAAAUUACAGGAGAACCAGUUGUUGAUUUCCCAGAACUGACUUCACCAGAAAGGUUGAUUCCUGAGGAGGUUUCACCUAGUGAGCGUUUUUCUCUUCCAGCCAGCCCUCAGCUGGUGCUUAAGGAGCUGCCUGUUUUGGAACGCUCAGUUAAGCGGGAUGCUGUGCGCAGAGGUGGGCUGAUCAUUGACAAAGAGACAAAGAUUGCAGCUAAGAAAAUACAGGAGCAGAUACUAAGACCUGAUAUAUACACUCAAGCAGCGGUUCCUGUUGUGCUUCCUCCCAAGACUCCAGCCUCUUUGUUCCAGUCUCCAACCUACCAAUAUUGGAUGGCGCCAGAACUUUCUGAACUGUGGACCCGCUGUGCUCUGUUACAGCCCCUGACAUAUGCAGAGGAAAAGGAGAGAGAAGAGGAAACCAUGAGCGAAGUGGAGGCUCUCCGUGCCAUUGCUGAGCCUAGUGGUAGUCUCAUAAUGUCCUCAGAAAUCUCCCUGGAAGUGUCUGAAGAAGAGCGUUCUCGUCCUAUUUUGCUAACCCCUGAGGAGAGAAGGGCCCUGUCGGUGCAGGAGGAGAGAUUUCUCCCUAUGGUCUCAGAGAUGCCAGAACUUAUGGUUGAACUUCCAGAGACAGGAGACUUUUCCCUGGAUGAUGUACAAAGGCUGCGUACUCAGAUUGACUACCUUGGCCAAACAGAGUUUCUCACUCAUGCUCCUCACACACUCUCUCGCAUUGCAGCCUCCCGACUCUUCUAUAGCAGUCUCGUGCUUUGCACACAGCGCAUUAUUUACCUGGAACAGAGGCUGCCAUACGGCCAAAUUCUCAUCACCCCAGGGCCCCUCUACAGCCAGCACUGAGUCUCCCCCCUCUCUCCAUUCUGCAAUGAAUUCUCUCCUCCCUCUGGUAUGCAGGAAACAUAGGCACUGGGCUGCUAGGGUCGGUUUUAAAUAAACAGAAGAUUGGCAUUUUA